AUGAAGUUAAUUACAUUUUUGUUAUUCCCUAUAUAUGUAUUUGCUGCUUUACAUACUAUUCAAUUAUUUGUUGAAUCUCAAAAUGAAGAAAUUGAUGGCCAGAAUUUAAUUUAUCUACCUGAAACAUAUCCAAGUUAUUAUUUAUUCAUAGAUAAUUCAACAGGUCCAAACUCAAUUUACUUUUAUGAUGAUGUAAAGAAAAAUAUAUAUUAUGAUAAUAAAGCAAGAUAUUAUUUGACUUUAGAUGAUGGUGAAAUUUUACAAUUGGCUCCAUCUACUCCAUUAAAAUUAGAUAUUGAUUUCGAAACAGGAGUUACUUCCUUCAAUGGUUCGGACAAAGUAUUUGCAAAGAAAGAUAUACUGGAUCCGAAUGGUUUUUCAAAGGAUAAAUUUGCAAUUUUGAUCGGUGACGACAUAAAUGAUGGUAUACCUUUGGAAAUUAUUGCAAAAGAAUUAGAAACUUAG